CGCGUUAAACGAUCGCAUUUAUAUUACAUAUGUCACAUUAGAUAUAUAUAUUAUCGAAGGCGAUUUGUUAAAAAAUACGAGUAACGAUAAAUAUUGAAUGUAAUGUUAUUUUAAGUACAGUGCAAAGGUAUAUGGAAUAAAACUUUCGAUGUUCCUCUGUGUGUGAAACUAUUCGAAAGUAUUUUUGCUUAAAUUGUUAUGGUCAGGAAUGAUAAUACUCUUUUUCAAUAAAAAAAAUAUCCCAUUGUUACAUUAAUUACGUCUGUUAUCUUUCAGCAAAUUUAUAGGGUUCGAGUAAUAUUGAAUUCUGUUAAAAUACAUAUAAUUAAUCAAUUUUAAGCUUUUUUGAAGCGUUAGUAAUGCUAAAGUGGAAUUGCAUUAUUUGAAUCUACAUUUUUAUACCAUGACGACUUUUAGGUUGGCCCACCUGUUUGGUUUCCUUCGUCUGAUACAAUUGGCAAUGCGAAUAUGCAGAAUCUCUGGAUUUUGAAUUCCUUAAUUUACCAACAUGGUGAGAACAAAGGGAGAUCGUGUACCUUCAAAAGCCGUUGGCGCUAAGGCACCAAGAAAAAUAGCAAGCACCUCUCAAAAAAAAGGAGGAUUAGGAAGCAAAGGAGGUGGUAAUCCAUAUCAUCCAAGGGAGACACCUGAAUGGCAGAAACCUAUCACAUGGUUCCUUAAUCAAAAUUCUGAGAAACAAGAUACAGGUAGCUCAGAAGCACAGGAAAGGGAGGAUCAGAAUGCCAACGAAGAAGCAGGAAAUGAAUCAGACUGAAGAUCUGCAGCAACAAUGUCUUCCAUUAUGAUACUUCUGUUACCUUUUAGUACAAUAAUUAUUUAUUUUUUUAUGAAUAGGAUAAGCACAAUUAAUUUAUAUUUAAUUAUUUAAUUGUCAAAGAACUACAAAUUUUAAGUACGUUAAGGAUAAGAAGUAAGAAGCUAAGUAAACUUCAAAGUAAUGAAAAUGUUACACAUGUGAAUUAAAAUUAACACGUUAUUUUUUUUAUAUGAUAUUAAUGUGCUCAAUGUUACAAAUAUUGUUUCUAGAAUUUAACUAUUGUAAGUAACAUGUUAAGUAAAGUU